CUUUCAUCGUUCUGUUUUGUAACUGUUACCGGCAUGGGAAACGCCUUCUUCUUCCACCUCCUCCUCCUCCUAAUGCUGAGUCUGAUUAUCUUUGCCGUCACAGAAGCGGCGGCGCCGCCACCUUCAUCAAGAGGAGGAUGCACCGAUCAGCUAAUUCUAUUCUCUCCGUGUUUUUCUUACGUUUCGUCUCUUCCAAACAACUUAACGGAGACACCUUCAACCAAAUGCUGCGACGCUUUCUCAUCGUCGUUCGCACCUAACUCCCUCUGUUUCUGCUAUCUCCUCCGUGACAAUCACAUCCUCGGCUUCCCUCUCAACUCCACAAGGCUUCUUUCACUCUCCUCCCUCUGUCUUUCGCCUCCACCAACAGUCUCUUCUCUCAAUUUUCUCUGCGGAGAAUCGUCGACUCUGCCACCUCUCGGUCAUGCUGAUAUUUAGAGAAUCCCAACAAUUCUUCAGUAACAGG